AUGUCUAAUUCCGAUAAAGAAGUGAAGAAUUAUAACAGAAGAAGCAUUUUUGAUCGGUAUAAUAAUUAUGAUGAACUAGACAUAAAUGAAGUGGCAUCGGUACUAUUGGACCAAUAUAAAAUAAUUGGUGGAAGGAAAUUCUUAAACACUCAUGAAACGAAUUACAUUAUGCCAUCAGAUGAAAUUGAAUUUAGACGAAUGGAGGUUGCUCAUGUGUUAAACAGAUACACGUGGAAAGGUAAUUUUAAUGCUCCAGUUGAGGAAACGCUAAAAAAUGGGAAAGCUACCGUUCUCGAUGCUGG